AUGAAGUCCUGUGUAAUACGGGAACGCAUCAUGGAUUGGUUCCUCGAAGAACCCGAGAACUGUACAAAAGUGUCAUGCUUUCACAAUCCAGGCAUGUGCAUCGACGCUCUGCACUUUCUUCAGUUGGACAACAACCUUUUAGCCGCUGGUGAUCGUGGAGGCACGCUCUCCUUGUUCGCCUUAGCCGACCUUCUGAAAGACGAUGCACCCCGUCCAAUCCUUUCAAAUGGUCAUACCCACAAGGUCAGAUUCGAAGUUAUGAAAUCCGGAUAG